CCUUCGUUCUUAGAUGACGUGUAAUUCAUGCGACAGUUUACCACUCACGGAGACACAUGUUGGGUGCGUGUUAAUCGAGCUAGCUAAAUGAAGACCUUGUCAACAUUAUUUCAACUCUGGAUUAGAAAUAAAUAAUAAGGAUUGACGGAGAAACACAAUAUGGCGAGUACACUGCAGUUUAAAACAAAUUAUGCAGUGUCAAGCAAAAUCGAGCCAUUCUACAAAGGUGGAAAAGUUCAGAUCAGCAAAGACGAAAAGCACAUAUUUUGCACUUGUGGGACACGCAUUAAUGUGCUGGACAUUGCAACAGGGAAAAUUAUCCAUAGCAUUGAGCAGGAUGACCAGGAAGACAUUACCUCAUUCUCAUUAAGUCCCGAUGACGAGAUCCUGGUUACAGCCAGCCGGGCUCUUCUGCUCAAGCAAUGGGACUGGAAGCAGGGUCAAUGCAAGCGUUCCUGGAAGGCCAUCCACAAUGUACCUGUGGCCAGCAUGGCCUUUGAUUGCACAUCAACACUCUUAGCCACAGGGGGAUGUGACGGUACCAUAAAGCUAUGGGACGUGUUGAAACAGUACUGCACACAUAACCUGAAGGGCUCCUCUGGGGUGGUGCACCUUGUGGAGUUCCAUCCGGACAUUAGUCUGCUUCAGCUGUUUUCGUCCUCAGCCGACUGUGUGAUCCGCAUAUGGGAUCUGCGCAGCAGCAAGUGCCUCUGUGUGUUGGAGAGCCACUUCAGUGCGGUCACCUCCCUGGCCUUCUCCCCCGACGGAAACACUUUAGUCAGUUCUGGACGAGAUAAAAUCUGUACAGUGUGGGAUCUAGAGAAGAAGAAGGCGAAAAGGACAGUCCCCGUUUAUGAGGCUGUGGAGGGGGUAGUCUUGCUGCCAGAGGGUGAGGAUUGCUCUGACAUCGGAGUGAAGCACAAAGGACUGCACUUCAUCACUGCAGGCAGUAAAGGCGUUUUAAGAGUAUGGGAGGCCAGCUCGUCCCAGUGUCUCUUCACCCAGACUCUGCCCGCUGCGUCGCCCUCGGUGGAAGCCGGGGCUGAGGACGAUGGGCACCCGCGCAGCCUCACCUACUGCCUCCCCAUGCCCGCCUCCAGAGGUCUUGCCACGGUCACUGCCGAGCACAACAUCCUGCUCUACCGUCUGCCCACACUCACCGUCCAGCAGCAGUUCGUUGGGUAUAAUGAUGACAUUCUGGAUGUGAAGUUCCUGGGCAAAGAGGACACACACAUCGUGGUGGCCACCAACAGCUCCCAGCUCAAGGUGUUUGAGCUGGCCACCAGCAGCUGCCAGAUUCUCUAUGGACACACAGACACAGUUUUGUCCCUGGAUGUGUUCAAGAAAGGUUUGCUCUUUGCCAGCUGUGCUAAGGACAAAACUGUGAGGGUGUGGAGGAUGAACCCAGAGAGUGGCACUGUCGACUGUGUGGCACAGGGUACUGGACAUUCAGACGCUGUGGGAUCGGUCUGCUGCUCCAGGCUGAAGAAGGCCUUUGUGGUGUCGGGCAGCCAGGACUGUACGCUGAAGCUGUGGGAGCUCCCAGAGCCAGUGCCCUCCGCCGACGCUGAGGCCGCCCGCCUCACUGCACAGGCCACCGAGAAGGCCCACGACAAGGACAUCAACAGUGUGUGCAUCUCCCCAAAUGACAAGCUUCUUGCCUCGGGCUCCCAAGAUCGCACGGCCAAGCUCUGGUCCCUUCCGGACCUCUCCCUGCUGGGGGUGUUCCGGGGCCAUCGGCGGGGCGUCUGGUGCGUCCAGUUCUCCCCCAUGGACCAGGUGCUGGCCAGUUCCUCGGCUGACGGCACCGUCAAGCUCUGGGGGCUGCAGGACUUUAGCUGCCUCAAGACAUUUGAAGGCCACGAUGCAUCUGUGCUGAAGAUGUUGUUCACCAGCCGUGGAACACAGAUCCUGACUGGUGGGUCUGACGGCCUGGUCAAGCUGUGGACCAUCAAGACCAAUGAGUGUGUAAAGACACUGGACGCCCACCAGGACAAAGUGUGGGGUCUCCACACGAGCGGCAAAGACGACCUGAUAGUGACUGGCUCUGCGGACUCCAACAUCAUUGUGUGGAAGGAUGUGACGGAGGAGGAACUAGCAGAAGAACAGGCCAAAGAGGAGGACCAGAUCUUAAAGAAACAGGAACUGUCCAACCUGCUGCAUGAGAAGAAGUACCUGAAAGCCCUGGGCCUGGCCAUCUCUCUGGACCAGCCCCACACCGUGCUCCAGGUCAUCAAAGCAAUCCAACAGAGUGAUGAAAGCCAGCAGCUGCAGAGGACAGUGCUGAAGCUACGCCAGGAUCAGAAAGAGUCCCUGCUGCGUUUCUGUGCGGUGUGGAACACCAAUGCCCGCAACUGUCUACACGCCCAGGCGGUCAUACAGGUGCUGCUGACACACCUGAGCCCUGAAGAGCUGCUGACGUUCCAGGGAGCACGCACACACCUGGAGGGCCUCAUCCCAUACACAGAGAGACACAUGCAGCGCAUCGGGCGCCUGCUGCAGGCCUCCAUGUUCCUGGACUACAUGUGGCAGAAGAUGCGGCUCACUGGGGGCACCGUCAGUGAGGGACUAGAUGACGAGAUGGACACCACACAACUUCCUGGGUUUGAGCCUGUCUUUAUGAUCGACAAGAAGCCCGCUGGGGAGGAGGACAGGGGUGGCCGCAUGUCACCAGAGCCAGAGGAGGAAGAGCAUGAGACCAUGGAGGAGGAGGAAGAUGACGACAGUGGCAGUGCCUCCAAAAAAGCCACCCUCCGCCCACACAACGGCACGAACGGCAGAGGCAACACGCACCGGGCGCGCGCAGAUGAAGGCAGCUCAGAGGAGGAAGACGAGGAUGAGGAAGAGGGGACUGAGGUUGCUGUGAGCAAGGCUGCAGAGAGUGCCUCAGAAGCACCUGCAUACAUCCAAACAGAGGUCAGGUGAUGGCUAGGGCGAGAACACUUCUCCAUUCCAUACAACCACAGACAGACGCUCCUCCAGUCCUAUCUUGGAAAGACAUGAAAGCACCUGUGACUAAUACCAACUUUCACAAAGUAGUUCUGCAGUGCAAGACUUGGUCCCAGUCACAAGGAAUAUGUUAAAGGAAUUAGCUUGACAUAAUUAGUGUGUUUCAUUGGAGGGUAAAGUAAAUAUCACAUGAAUCUUGAUAUCGAACGAGAUUAGUUUGUUUGCAUUGGAGUGCAUUGGAUUGUAGAGUUUUAUUUGCCCUGGGAUCAGUGCCAGUCUGUGUUACAUGUCCUCUCACUCCAGUCUGGAAUGGAAUGGAAUCUGAAUAGCUUGGCACUGUAUCUGCGUUCAAAAUAUCACAGGUGUGUUUGUUAUUUGUCUGUAUUGCAGCCUACAUUCUGGACUUUUUUAUGGAAUUAAUUACCAAUGUUUGAUAAAAGGAAAUGUCGCUUUUAAA